UUUCAAUAUGGCGUCCGGAAAUGAAGAUGUCCCUCCACUUGAGGAUAUGUCAGAACUGCUACAGAAGGUUGAGGCUAUUAGAGAUAUGAAAGGGAUCAGCAAAAAGGACACCCCUAAAUCAAAUGAACCCUCUAGAGCUGCUAAACAAACUGCUAAAAAUGCUUCUCCUGAACACAAACUACCAACAUCUACUCCCUCUCCCAGUCUCCCUAGCAACCAGGACAACAAAGACAGUGCCUUUGCUGGAAUGAAAAAAGGCUUCCUUUUUGGAGCACCUGCUUCAAAAUCUAAACAGGAGAGUAAACCUAAACCAACAGCAAAGCCUGUCAAUAAAAAGACUGAUCCUAUAAAUGUACAAGAGGAGAUUCCUUUUAUCAAAGCUAACAAGGAAGAGGAGAAUACGAGACUGUCAAUGCCUGAGGUACAAGAUGCUAUGAAGGCCUCACAGAAUUUAAUGAAUAAUAAAGAGUGGAUCACUCAAGAUUUUCUACAGACGAUACAAAGUCGACCAAAGCUGUUAGAGAAAUUGACCAAUCCUGUAUUCCAGCAAGCCAUAUCUGACUUCCAAACAAAUCCAGAAGCUGCGACAAUGAAGUAUAAAGACAACACUGAAGUAUUUGAGUUCUUUAAAGAAUUUAGUGGAAUUUUAGGGCAACAUUUUUCGGAGCUAGGUGAGAGGGAACAAUCUGAGCAACCAGCAGAGCCACCUAGUGGUGCAGAUAUGAAAGUACAUAGUAGUACAAAUCCUAAUCAGGCUACAGCAGAGGAUGAAGCCAGAAUACAAAAAAUAUUAGCUGAUCCUGAGAUAAAGGGUGCUAUCAUGGAUAAAACUGUACAACAGCUUAUAUAUACUUUGAAGAAUGAUCCUCACCAAGCACAAGUUAUUUUACAAAAUGCAACUCCAGAUAUCCAAGGAAAAAUUAAGAAGUUGGUUGAUGUUGGACUACUUGCAUUUCAAAGGUGACAGCCUUCGUAUUAACCCAGGAUGAUACAUCAAGACUUUGACACUUCCUGCUCCCUGGAAUACCAUCUUACAUAAUAUGUUGUAGCAAAUCUGCAGUGUAAGACUGCUUUACAAUUAAGGCUUUUGGACAGUGGACUUGAAUAAUGCAUUUUACACUAAAACUAGUCUGUAUUUAUCCAAAAGGGCGAUUUAUACAAUUCACGACUGACUGAUGUAAUCAUUUGCUGAUGUCUCCUUUUAGGAUUUACAUGUUAGUGGUUCCAUCUAUAGUAUUGCAACUUUAGCUACCCCAAGAUAUAUGUUGGCAACUUAAUAAGUGACUCCCUUUAUAAAAUUGGCAGCAUAUAAAAUGACUCCCUCUGGAGUAUUGGUAACUUAUAAAGUGACUAUCUAUAAAAUUGUCAGCAUG